CCGCGCGCCUGUCAGCCAGGCAGUCUUCCUUCCCGUCCGCGCUGAGGUGGAAUCAAGGCCCCGCCGCAGAGAGAGAGAGAGAGAGGGGGGGAAAGGGAAGGAAGGAAGGAGAGAGAGGCGCCGCCGCCGCUGCUGCUGUUUCUCCUUCUCUCUCCGCCUCAGGGAGGCUUGGCGCCCGCUCUCGACCAUGGAGCUGGCGGACGGCGUGGUGUACCAGGAGGACCCCGGCGGGCCCGGCCCGGCCAUGAUGUCUGAGCGGGUCUCGGGCCUGGCGGGCUCCAUCUACCGCGAGUUCGAGCGCCUCAUCGGGCGCUACGACGAGGAGGUGGUGGCCGAGCUCAUGCCCCUCGUGGUGGCCGUGCUCGAGAACCUGGACUCGGUCUGCGCCCACAGCCAGGAGACCAGCGUGGAGCUGGAGCUGCUCCGCGACGACAACGAGCAGCUCCUCACCCAGUACGAGAGGGAGAAGGCGCUGAGGAAGCAGGCCGAGGAGAAAUUUAUUGAAUUUGAAGAUUCUCAAGAACAAGAAAAAAAAGAAUUGCAGAUAAGAGUGGAAGCUUUGGAGUCACAAACCCGACAGCUUGAACUGAAAGCAAAAAAUUACGCUGAUCAAAACCAGAGAAGGCAGCAACCAGAAGCUGAGGUGUCUGAAGAGGGAGAGGGAUUGCAUUUUAAAUAUACCAAAAUGAUUCAUAAUUACAUGGAGCACCUGGAAAGAGCCAAACUUCAUCAGCUGACAGGGGCCGAUCAGCUAGAGCCUGUCAUGCACAGUAGGAUUAGGAAGGAGCCUCCUAUAUCACUGGGCAUCUUCCCACUACCUCCAGGAGAUGCGAUUCUUACACCUGACACUCAAAGAGGAACAGUGGAAACUCCUGGGUCAGACACUUGGAAGUUCCGUGAAAUAAGUCAGCCACGCUCUCGCACCAGCCUAAAGGAUGAAAUUUCUGAUGUUAGCCAAGCAGGUUCCAAAUCAACUACACCAGUCUUAGCUGCUGCUUCAGAUGUGCUUGCGCCUGCUGAAUCUCUCCAGAAUGAAGACAAAGAAGGAUUUUUGAAUAACUCAGAAACUGAAAUUAACUCAGAUAUAAGUAAGCACAUUGAAGUGCAGGUAGCCCAGGAAACAAGAAGUGUAUCCAUUGGUUCUAAUGAAAAUGAAGACAAAUCAGAAGUUCAGGCAAUCAUUGAAUCCACCCCAGAACUGGAUAUGGAUAAAGACCUUAGUGGAUAUAAAGGUUCAAGCACUCCUACCAAAGGCAUAGAGAACAAAGCAUUUGAUCGUAAUACAGAGUCUCUCUUUGAAGAGCUGUCUUCUGCUGGCUCUGGUCUGAUUGGGGAUGUGGAUGAAGGAGCAGAUUUGCUGGGAAUGGGUCGUGAAGUUGAAAACCUCAUCUUAGAAAAUACACAGCUGCUAGAAACCAAAAAUGCCUUGAAUGUGGUGAAGAAUGACUUAAUAGCAAAAGUAGAUGAACUAAGCUGUGAGAAGGAUGUGCUAAAAGGAGAGUUGGAAGCUGUAAAGCAUGCUAAGCAAAAGCUUGAAGAGAAGAAUAAAGAACUGGAAGAAGAACUUAAAAAAGCCCGAGCAGAAGCAGAGGAAGCAAGGCAGAAAGCAAAGGAAGAUGAUGAUAGUGAUAUUCCUACUGCCCAGAGGAAGCGCUUCACUCGGGUUGAGAUGGCCCGUGUCCUCAUGGAAAGAAAUCAGUAUAAAGAAAGGCUGAUGGAACUCCAGGAAGCAGUGCGAUGGACUGAGAUGAUACGGGCAUCAAGAGAAAAUCCAGCCAUGCAAGAGAAGAAGCGGUCAAGCCUUUGGCAGUUUAUGCCAGCUGGUUUUAGCAGGUUAUUCAGCUCAUCGGGCAACACUGCUAAAAAGCCAGAGCCACCAGUUAAUGUUAAGUACAAUGCACCAACCUCACACAUUACUCCAUCAGUCAAGAAAAGAAGCAGCACUUUGUCUCAGCUACCAAGUGACAAAUCAAAAGCAUUUGAUUUCCUCAGUGAAGAGUCUGAGGCCAGCCUUGCCUCACGCAGAGAACAGAAGAGAGAACAAUACCGCCAAGUGAAAGCACAUGUUCAAAAGGAAGAUGGCAGAGUACAAGCUUUUGGCUGGAGUCUUCCUCAGAAAUAUAAGCAGGCUGUAAACGGUGGUGGUCAGGGUGAUAACAAAAUGAAGAAUUUACCUGUGCCUGUUUACCUGAGACCACUUGAUGAGAAGGAUACAUCUAUGAAGCUAUGGUGUGCUGUAGGGGUGAACUUAUCAGGAGGGAAGACAAGAGAUGGAGGUUCAGUUGUUGGUGCCAGUGUGUUCUACAAUGAUGUAGCAACUGUAGAUACGGAGAGCAACAAACAGAGAAGUGCAUCUCAGAGUAGUUUGGACAGAUUAGAUCAAGAGCUCAAGGACCAGCAGAAAGAGCUGAAAAAUCAGGAAGAACUGUCAAGCCUUGUUUGGAUCUGUACUAGUACCCAUUCAGCUACAAAAGUUAUCAUUGUAGAUGCUAACCAGCCAGGAAACAUCCUAGACAGUUUCAUUGUUUGCAAUUCUCAUGUACUGUGUAUAGCUAGUGUGCCAGGAGCUCGGGAAACUGACUAUCCUACAGGAGAAGAAGGGUCACAAGAAACAGAUUCGGGUGUGGUGGACAAGUCAUCCUUGUGUAGCAGUAUGAAUAGCAACAGUUCAGCAGAAACGGACAGUCUGUUAGGAGGAAUCACAGUAGUUGGUUGUACUGCAGAAGGUAUUACAGGGCAUUCUGCUACUCCUAGUGCUAAUGGUGCCCCUCCCGAGGCAAAUAAACAACCAGAUGUUGCAGCCGAAAAUGAUGCAGUAGAUGAAAAUGUUCAGACAGCAGAGGAAGCAACUGAAGCAACAGAAAAUGCUGGCUCAGGGGAAGAAAUAGCAGAUAUUGCACAGACUGGAGUUUAUACAGAACAUGUCUUCACAGAUCCUUUGGGAGUUCAAGAUACAGUAGAGGGCUCUCCAGCAUUUCAGCCUAGUAAUGAAGCAGACUUGUAUAAAGAUGUUGCUGUAUUGCCAAAUGAGCAGGAUCUCGUUAGAGAAGAAGCACAGAAAAUGAGUAGCCUUUUACCCACUAUGUGGCUUGGAGCACAGAAUGGAUGUUUAUAUGUUCAUUCUUCAGUGGCUCAGUGGAGAAAAUGUGUUCAUGCAAUUAAACUUAAAGAUUCUAUACUCAGUAUAGUACAUGUAAAAGGAAUAGUAUUAGUUGCACUAGCGGAUGGAACUUUAGCAAUAUUCCACAGAGGAGUAGAUGGACAGUGGGAUUUGACAAAUUAUCACCUUCUAGAUCUGGGCCGACCUCAUCAUUCAAUCCGGUGCAUGACUGUGGUACAUGAUAAAGUCUGGUGUGGCUACAGAAAUAAAAUCUAUGUGGUACAGCCAAAAGCCAUGAAAAUAGAGAAAUCAUUUGAUGCACACCCAAGGAAGGAGAGCCAAGUCAGACAGCUUGCUUGGGUGGGAGAUGGAGUCUGGGUAUCCAUUCGUUUAGAUUCUACCCUCCGUCUUUAUCAUGCGCACACUUACCAACAUCUACAAGAUGUCGAUAUUGAGCCCUAUGUCAGCAAAAUGCUAGGUACUGGAAAACUAGGAUUUUCCUUUGUGAGAAUCACUGCUCUUAUGGUAUCCUGUAAUCGGCUGUGGGUCGGGACAGGAAAUGGUGUCAUCAUCUCCAUACCCUUAACAGAAACGAACAAAGCAGCAGCUGGUUCUGGCAACCGUCCAGGCAGUGUAAUACGCGUAUAUGGUGAUGAAAACAGUGACAAAGUGACACCUGGAACCUUCAUACCUUAUUGUUCAAUGGCACAUGCGCAGCUUUGUUUCCAUGGGCAUCGUGAUGCUGUCAAAUUUUUUGUUGCAGUACCUGGUCAGGUGAUCUGUCCCCAGACAGGAGGAGGCCCAGAACUGUCCAGUGAUAAAGCUACCCUUUCUGCCCAAGAAUCACACAGCCAGGUUCCUUUAAAAUCUAUGUUGGUGAUAAGCGGAGGAGAAGGGUACAUUGAUUUCAGGAUGGGUGAUGAAGUUGGUGAAUCGGAACUCCUGGGAGAGGCACUGCCACUAGAGCCUUCUGUAGCCAAAGCUGAGAGAAGCCAUCUGAUAGUGUGGCAAGUUAUGUGUGGCAGUGAAUGAGCCCCCUGAAAAGCAGCUUGAGACAGCAAAUGCCUUUGCAUGUCUUUGGAUUUUGUUUUAUUUUUGUGGAUCCCAUUUCACUGCAUAAAGUUUUUGCUUUGCCAUUUUACUUUAUAUCACAACCUCUCAAACCUUAACAAUAUGGAAAUUAACUUCUGCUGUUUUACUGCAUCAGUGUUACAUAGCAAGAACAAAGCAGUUUCCCUAAACAGAGAUAUAUUGUACUUACUCUUUCAAAUGUAGGUUCCUGUAGUCCUCUAUGCAGUCUGUAAUAGAAUUUGUUUCCUUCCACUUGUACCACAAUUUGAGGUUAAAAUUUAGAACAAACAUUUUGAAUUCAUCGCCACAACAAUUAUUGAGUAAAACAGCAAAGUUGUUUCCAGAAUAGCAUUUUUUAAAUAUCGGAUGAAUUAUAUUCACAUUAUAUUCUGUGUAUUUAGUGAGGGCUAAAAUAAGUUGCAGGUCUUUAUUUUUUCAUUUCUAAAUCCUACCAAUCUUGUUUACUUUGGUAUACUGAAUGUCCUUUGUUCAUAUCAAGAUCCCUGAGAUGGCGAGAAGAAGAUUCAGAAAUAUGCUGAUGAUAAGUUUUCAUAUUGCUAAUAGCACUAAAAUGAGAAAUAAUGUCCUUAAAAAUGACACUUGUGGUAUUUUGUGGGAGAAAUAAUUCUCCAUUUUCCUUACUUGAGAAUUCUUGGAAAUAUUCUGAUUAAUUUCAAAAGACAUUCUUAGAAUGAUGCAGUCUUCUCUUACAGGCCUUGAGCAGAACAUAGGUUACGCUUGCACACCUACUAUCUUGGAUCUUAACUGGUCAUUCAUGGCACUUGAUGUAGAGGGACUCAAAGAGGGAACAAAGUAGCUGAGCACUGUAACUUUAGAAGCCAACAGUGAAGGGAAACAAUCCUUAGUUAACUCUUUUAAAAAUAUAUUUCAUAGCCCAUUUACCUAGUGAAAAUGUGAGAGAUUUUUCUUCCGUGGGCGAGUUGCAGGUCACAAGCAUUCAGGUAAUCACUGACAUUAAUGGGACAGCACCACUAUAUGAGGUCUGGGAGUCUCUAUUUCAUGAGAAAACAUGAAAUAACACCAAAAACACUAAUUCUGUCUCCUCACUAUAAACUUUGGGUUGAGUGUCAUCCUUUGCUCCUGAAUACCCAGUUGAUGGCAAACAAAGUUGAAUGCUAUAUUUUUAAUUCUUCAAAAGGUGUAUCAGCUUCCCAGUCUUUUAUUUCUUGGAAAUUAUGGAUUAAAAUCAUAACAUUUGGGUGUUGCCCACCAAGACAGUUGGUCUAUUCCCAUUACAUGGGAGCAGAUAAUAUUUAAAUGACAGAAUAGCAAAAUUUCAAAGCAGUUUCAAAUGACAACUUAAAAAACACUAGAAACCAUAUUGAAAAACUGCCUAAAAUUUUUUAUGCAAUAGGAGCAGUUUGAAAUCUGUCAAGAAAACAUGUAUUUAUAUAUAUUAUAUAUAUAAUAUACAUACUCAUUUUUUAAAAUCAUGUUGAGCUGAAGUCUAUUGUGUAAAUAUUUAUUUAGGCAGCUUUUUAAAAAAUGAAUGAGCAUCUUAACCUGAAAAUCAGUCAAAUUCAAUUCAGAACUAUUCAUUAUAGAUUUAUAUGUAUAAAUACUUUUUAAGCAUCAUAUUUUGUACAAAACUGAUAGGUUCUGAUAACUGUGUAUUUAAACCAUGAGCUAUGUGGCUAAAUUAUUGAAUGUUUAAUUUUUGGACAGUAGAUUCUUUCCCUUCAAUAGGUCAAAAGUGAUAAUUGAUCACAGGUUUUUUUUUUACAAAAAAUAUUAAACUGAUUUAACUAUAUUAGAAAACCUAAGAAAAUGAACUGUCAUCUAAAAGCAGUAUGGAAGGUCCAAAGAAGCUUGGGGUUUUAAACAAAUCAUUGUUGUUCAAAUUGUGCCCCAGGCAUGUGCACAUACAAAAGGCUCCAGUAUGGAAGAAUACAUGUGUCAAAGAAAGAUUAUUCUGUAAUGCCCUCCACGAAUUCUGUGAGCUGUAUGUGCCCUCUGGUAAUAUUGGGUAUCCAAGUAAAAUGCCUGCUAUCUCUUCACAGAUGAAUGAGCCCAUCACCUUUGUUGUCUUUUCUGGGCUCCAUAAAUUGAUAGUUUUUUUUUUUUAAUUGGAAUAUUUUCUCCUGAUCUUUCUUGGGUGGUUGAAUUGCCACAUUCGUUUUCUUGGGAAAAGAUAGAAAAAUGUUUUUUUUUAAUUUAUUUUAAAAACAGUGAGUAAACUAUUUCUCUGAAGUGCUUCACUGCUGUCAGACAACAGAUGCGUCUGGAUAGCAUGUUUAAUGACUUGCCAGAUGUAUUGAGUAAAUUGCCAUUCUGUUUUCAUGGAAUCAAUUGCUGUUCACAGCAAAAAAGACAAGAGUUCAACAGAGACUAUUACAUGUGCAAAGAAGGGACUGACAUACAUUCACCUGUCCCUCUUCAUUUUUAAAUGUAUCCCUGUCCUAAGAGUAGCAGAUUUAGAAGAUGGGUGUCAUCACCAUUCACUAAAAUGUAUGCACUCCCUGUUCAGAGCACUUUUAAUGGUAGAUGAUAAAGCUCACUAAAUCUCAUGCAUCAAACGAUUGCCUAAAAAAAAAAAUCUGUUUUGAGAAUGUCUUAUGUAUCAUGUACUCAUAGUUCUAAAAUCAGGAGUGGGAAUGAAUCUCUUGAUAUUUAACAGCUUUCGUUAAUAGUUUGAGAGACCAUUUCAAGCACAAAAAAUAUGCAGCACAUGAUUUGUCUGGGUAAAUGUGUCUUGCAUGGAAAAAGGUAAAAUGAAGUUUAUAUAUCCUGCCAUAUUGUUCAUUUCUUGUAAGGUCUUCCUUCGUUUGGAUCAGUUAGAGUUGACAGAGUGUAGGCACUUUAUCAUAGGCUGCCUUAGUAACUAAGAAAUGUUUUAUAAUCUUCUAAUAUUGCUAACUGUUCUAAAAAACAUGGUGUCCUGAAGAAAAUGUUUAAUUGAAUAUUUAUUUCCAUGUGAGUAUUACGAAAGUUACCAAAGGAUUGAUACUGACUUGGCACUCUUGCAGUUGACCCUGUGUGUACAGGAUCAUGUAAAGAUCCUUAGUUUGUAAAAAUGACAGAGUGAAAAACACAGUUCUUUGUGGAUGCUGACUUCAUUUUCCUAACAGGGUUAUGCCAUAUUGUAACAAACCUAUAUUGCACCUCAAAAACAUUUUUCUGUACACUAGAUAUUUUUCUUUUCUCUAACAAUUUCAUUACUGCACACUUCUUAAUAUUUUAAACAUGUUUUAAAACAUUUUAUGGUCAUUAAUUUUUUGAAAAUGUUGUCUAGACACUUUAUGCUGAAUUUUACUUGCCUCUGUAACCUUGAGAUGGAUACUGCAGCAUUAAACUUGCUGUCUGUUUAAAACUUGAGGCUUCUUUUCUGUGAGCCAGAAAGCUCAUAUAGCAGUGAAGUUAUUUCAGUAUUUAUUAUUGAAUCCUUGGGGAUUCAGAAUGUAACUUUGUACAUGAAAUAUAUAUAAAUAUGUAUAUGA